AUGGAUUACUCGAGCCUUCAUGCCGCGACACUCCGCGAUGGCGAGGAUGAGGAAGCCGUCACGGUCGAUACGCGCGCCCUGAUCGACAAGGUCCUAGCGAGGUAUUCGGGGGACUGGACGACUCUGCGAGAGCUCAUACAAAACGCCGCCGAUGCCCGAGCAACGACCGUCAGCGUCAAGUGGGAAACGAUACCGUCGAUACAAGUGCCUUUACCAAACACCACGAACCCGGCCGAGCUGCUGAAGCACACCAUAUCCCACCAUACCCUUCGCAGGCUCGUCGUGCAAAACGAUGGCCAGCCGUUUACCAGCACGGAUUGGGGCCGCUUGAAACGCAUCGCUGAGGGCAACCCCGACGAGACCAAGAUCGGCGCCUUUGGCGUUGGCUUCUACUCCGUCUUCGCAGACUGCGAGGAGCCCUUCGUCAGCUCCGGCAGUGAAGCCAUGGCCUUCUACUGGAAGGGCAACUCCCUCUUCACCAAAAAGUCCCGUCUCCCGUCGGACAAGGCAAGCCGAAACACGGCGUUUGUGCUAGACUACAGGAACAACACGACGCCUCUGCCGAACCUCCUUUCCGUCAGCCAGUUUCUCGCCACCAGUUUGACAUUUGUCGCCCUGCAGCACAUCGAAUUUUGCAUCGAUGACCACAAGAUACUCUCGCUGAACAAGAAACCGUCCCCCAGCAUAGAGCUUCCCCUACCGAAAGAUUUGGAAACGCGGACAAAGGACGGCUUCAUGAAGAUUGCCAAUGUGGAUCGCACGAGCACGCAGAUCGAUGCCUCCUACAUGAAUGUCAUCGGCUGGAAGCCGCACCUAGCUGCGUCGGCCGCCAAGGGGACCGAUUCGUACGGCUCGGCCGAAUUGCCUUCGUUGAGAUCCUUUUUCGCCCGACUUACCUCGACGACCUCCCAAGCCGGCGCCCGGUCAAAGACGCCGAGUGACGAGAGCAACACGCAACCGAAGCUGGCCGAAGAUGUGACAAAGCUCAACUCAUCCACGAUAUUCCUGCGCGCCACCUCGGCAACGAUAACGACCAACAUCUCGGCCUCCUUUGCCGUCGAGCUCGAGCGAGCAACAAAGAAACACCCGCCCAAGACGACGACGCUUUCCAUUCUGACGGCAUUCUAUGACGAGACGGAGGCAUCCACCUCGUUGGCCGGUGACGGUCCGCUUGCGAAAUCAACCGACGUCUUCGCAUCCGUCAUGCCCAGCAAGAAACCUGGCGGCCGAAUUUUCAUCGGCUUCCCAACCACGCAGACGACAGGGGCCGGGAUGCAUAUAUCCGCACAGUCGGCCAUUCCGACCGUUGAGCGAGAAGCGAUCGACUUGAAUGCUCGCUGGGUCAGAACAUGGAACGUCGAGCUCCUGCGAGCCGCAGGCAUCGUCGCCAGACUCGCCUUUGCCAACGAGAUGGACAGCUUGAGCAGAAAGCUCCGUAGGACGGCAGACCCAGGGAAGAAGAUCUCGAGCCAGGCCAUUGCCAAGUUCUUACCCGAGGCACUCCACACCUUGAAAACCUUCACCUUUGGCGAUUCUACCCCUAGCGGACAGAUCGGGCAGAUAAUAGAAGAGGCUUUCUGGACCUGCUUCAAGAAGGCAUCCAUUGAGACCUACUCGAGCCAGGGCGUGUUGCAGACGACCCAGGUUCGCAUCGAGUCCGAUGACUUGACCUCCUUCAUCGACGGUAUCCCGGUCAUCCCCAAGGAGUUGAAAGACGCUCCGUUUGUGCGAAAGCUGAUCGACUUUGGCCUCGUCUCUCACAUUACCGUCACCGAUGUCAAGAGAGAGCUCGAAGCCAAAGCUCUGACAAAGGUUCAGGCCAUCAAUUUCAUCUCAUGGGCAAGCAAGAAGAGCUUGUCGGGAGAGCUUGACCCCGGAAGCCGGGCUGCUUUACUUGAUGUUGCCAUUGCUGCCCUUGGUGACGAGAGCGACCAGGGCGAGAUUGUGGCUCUCGGAAGCAUCAGGAAUUUUCAGGUCAUCGCAAAAAUCCCCGCCCACUUGCCCAUUCCGCCCACCACCAUCCCGUUCGCCUUCAUAGCGAGCCUGCACCCUCCCGAGUUGUGCGCCCUAGGUUGGGAGCCUUUGGAUGUCGUUCCGUGGCUGAGGUUCUUGAUUGAAACGGCAAGGUCGAGAUCGGAGGAAGAGAGCAUCACGAGGUCGCCCAAAUUUGCCGUUCAGGUCCUCACAGUCCUGUCCAAGAAUUGGGAUACGAUCAAUGCCCGCGACAGGGAGUCGGCGGCAACGCUGGUCAAGAGCCACACGGUAAUGCCGACAAGAAUGGGCAUGAGAAAACCCCACGAGUCCUUCUUCCCCUCGGUGAAGCUCUUUGACGACCUACCCGUCAUCCAGGGCUGCGAAAAGGUCAAGGACAAGUUUCUGACAGCUGUUGGCGUGCGUAAGACGGUCGACCUCGAUACCAUCUUCACGAGACUUGUGAAUGCCUCUACCGACAGCGGCCAGAAGAAAUGGAGCCACGUGGAGCUCAUCAGAUACCUUGCCUCGGUCUCGAACGAUAUACCGUCCGAGGACAUGAAGAAGCUGCGAGAAUCCAAGAUUUGCCCGGCCGAAGCUGGCCCGAAAGGGAUGGAACCAACAAAGGCCACGACGAAGCUCUUCAAGGUCUCGGAACUGUUCGAGCCCAGGGACUCGCUUCGAAUCCUUGGCCUUCCCAUUCUACAAUGGCCUGGCCCUCCUGCCAGCUUUCGCUUCAACGGCCCAGAGGCUAAAUUUCUAUCCCUCUUAGGCCUUCGCCCAAGCCCCUCGGUCCCUGAACUUGUAGGCAUGAUGUCCUCCAAGGAUGAGACUCUGCGUACAUCGGCCAUGACCUACUUCAUCGCCAACCACCACACGAACCAGUACGCAUCGUUCAACCUUGGGGACACGAAGAGUGCCAUACUUCCUCUGGAGGGCAGCGGGAAACUUGUCGCGCCCUCGGCCUGUUUCACGAACACAAGGGCCGCCGUGCUUGGUUUCGAUAUUCUUCGCCCGGAUCUGCACGAUCAUGCCAACAAAUUUGGUGUCCACAGAGAUCCUCCGAUGAUCGAAUGUGUGAAUCGUUUGCUGGCGCAGCCUCCGAAAGAUUCGCGAUCGGCAGCCACGCUUUUUGGCUACUUUGCCUCCCGAAUUGACGAAGUUCGUGGCAAUAGCCUUACGCUUCUUCGGAAUGCACCCAUAGUUCCUGUCACCCGAUCAAGUUUGACCCGCGCCUCGGAGAAAAAAACGGGACAGUUGACCUACAUCAAGCCGCCGCAUGCCUACCUUGGCACAUCCCUUACCUAUGGCGAAAUCUUUGAUUUCGUUGACUUUGGUCAGCAGGCAAACGCCUUCUUGUUCCAUUGCGGAGCCAAGAGCGAGCCCACGAAGCUCGAAGUUGCGCGUAUGGUGUGCAGUGAGCCGGCAAGGCUGCUCGGCAUCCUGCAGAGCCCCGAAAAAUAUCUCGAUCUACUCAAGUCACUUGCCGAUGUGUCCUCCGUCCUUCAUCGAGAUAAAGAUCUUUGGCGAAGUUUGAAGACUUCGCCUUGCCUGCUUGCGUACAAAGAAAUUGUUGCCCCCAGCAAGGGCGAGCUCAUUGACUUGGACGAUGAAGAAGCGCCGAUCAAGCAGUACCAACUCGCACCAGCCAGUAAGGUUGUCGUUUUGGAUGAUAUCAUCAGCUAUCGACUUUUCAAGGAACACUUGAUCUGCGCACCGGAAGAGGAAGCAUUAGAAUCCUUCUACCUUCAGCUCGGCGCUCAAAAGUUGAGCAGUCUUGUCCAAGAAGAGGUGCGAAUUGGCCAACACACACCGGAUCAUAAGAACGCCGAGCCUUUGAGGAAGCACGUGCUCGAGAGAUCAAAGAUUUUUCUGUACGAGUACAACAACGUCCGGCGUGACGCCAUCAAGCACGACGCAAAGUGGCUGGAGAAAAACCUCCGCGUCGCCAUGGUUCACUCCGUGGCACUACGUCGCACGCUCCAGAACCAUCGCGAAUCGCAUACCGAAAAGAGAUCUGCCGCAGGAGCCCACGAGAGGGGAUCGUGGACAUUAUACGUGAGCGGAGCUGGACGGCCCGACAUGUACCAGGUCGGUCAAGCAGUUUGCCAGAUGCUCCUCAGUCGACCAAACCAGCAAGCAUACCUGUUCUUCGAGCCUUUUCUCACAUUAGACCUGUACGGUCUUCGCGCCCGAGGGUACAAUGUUGAUCGUAUUCUACGAGCCAAAGCAGCGCAAGCGAGGAUCGCCGAGGAGGAGAGGCGGCAAGCCCUUGAAGAGGAGCAAAGGCAGAUACAGGAACGAGAGCAAACUUGGUCUCAGCAAGGAAGAGCUGCAAACCCACCCGCGGCCGCACCCGCUGCGAGAGAGAUGGCAAGCACACCCGAGAAGACGAGCAUGCCUGGCGCUUGGGGGUCGGAUGAGCCGGCGAACGACGGCGGCAACUUGAAGAAGUACGGGGGCAUAUUCUCCAACCUGACCCGUCGUCUAGGGCUUGACACGAAGAACGAGGACGGUGAAGACCAGAAGCAGCUGCAGCAGUUUGUCGAUCAGGAUGCUCCAUCCGCACCUCCCGCUGGCGUGCGGCAGCAGGAGGCCGGCGGUAGUGGCAAGCAGCCUCGGAAGGAUGACGGACGAGUGACCAGCCCUGCGGUAGUCCAGCAGAAUCUACUCAACGCCAUCACCGCGACUCGUGCCCAUGGAUCCAACAGCGUCUUCUCCCAACCCAGCGUUAGCAAAGUCAAGGAACAGGCAACGUACUGUGACCAGUCGACGGCGACGAACAUCACCUUUAUGGCCGAGGCCUCGAACGGGAUGAAGGUGUAUGUGUCCAAAGACAUGACCACUCCGCAGGCCGAUUUCUUGUCGGCGAAUAUUGGGGCAGUCAAUACGUUUGCCUCCUUGUUGGUCGAAGUGGGUAACAUCUACUCUCUGGCUCCCCGAGUUGUUCACAUCUUCUACGACGAAUCGGGCGGGACGAUCGCCUUCAACACCGGGGGCAGCAUAUUCUGCAACUUGCGAUUCUUCCUUCAGCUCCACGCAACGAAGAUUGCCACGGCCGGCGCGAAUUCUGGCGCGGCCAAAGCCGAAGCGGCGAGCUGGUGGUGGGUGGUUUUGGCACACGAGUUGGCUCACAACUUGGUAUCGCUGCACAAUUCGGACCACAGUUUUUACACCGAGUCGUUUAUCCAGCAGUACCUCGGGAAGAUGAUUGCGCGAACUACACAGUGGACGCAGAACUCGACUGCUUCAGAGGAGCGCUCCUUGCCUCCACCGCCUCCUCCGCCAUAUACACCGAAUUCAUAG